CAGGGACUCCAGACUUUGUCUCUCCCCUCGAAGAUGGAUGGAUGGAGGGUGCUGCUGGGCCUGCAAAUCAUGGUACUCCCACUCCUGGCUCACUAUACAGCCCCCACUUCCACUCUGAGAUUCGUGGCUGUGGGUGACUGGGGAGGGGUCCCCAAUGCCCCAUUCCACACAGCCCGGGAAAUGGCCAACGCUAAAGAAAUCGCCAGAACCGUGCAGAUUAUGGGUGCUGACUUUAUCAUGUCCCUGGGAGACAAUUUCUACUUCACAGGCGUGCAUGAUGCCAACGACAAAAGGUUCCAGGAGACCUUUGAGGAUGUGUUUUCCGACCGUGCCCUCCGCAAUGUCCCCUGGUACGUGCUGGCUGGAAACCAUGACCACCUUGGCAAUAUCUCAGCACAAAUUGCCUACUCCAAGGUCUCCAGGCGCUGGAACUUCCCCAGCCCUUACUACCGUUUGCACUUCAAAAUCCCACGGACGAACACAACUGUGGCCAUCUUCAUGCUGGACACGGUGCUGCUGUGCGGGAAUUCUGAUGACUUUGUCAGUCAGCAGCCCAAAAUGCCCCGAGACCUGGGAGUGGCCCGUACUCAGCUGUCCUGGCUCAAGAAGCAGUUGGCAGCAGCCAAGGAGGACUACGUUUUGGUGGCCGGCCAUUACCCGAUCUGGUCCAUAGCUGAGCACGGACCCACCCGAUGCCUAGUCAAAAACUUGCGGCCGCUGUUGGCCACAUACGGGGUCACUGCCUACCUGUGCGGGCACGACCACAACUUGCAGUAUCUUCAGGAUGAGAACGGCGUGGGCUAUGUGCUGAGUGGGGCCGGCAACUUCAUGGACCCCUCGGUGAGACAUCAACGCAAGGUCCCCAACGGCUACUUGCGCUUUCACUAUGGAGCUGAGGACUCCCUGGGCGGCUUCACGUACGUGGAGAUAAGCCCCAAAGAAAUGAGUAUCACCUACGUGGAAGCUUCUGGAAAAUCACUCUUCAAGACCAGCCUCCCCAGGCGACGCAGACUCUGAACAUCUAGAACCGUCCUGCUUGCCUCCUAAUGGGUCUAAUAAGGCAGGAAGCGUCUGCAAGCAUGGUGGGUGGACCCUAGGAGGACCUCAUCCACAGGCAACUAUUUCUCUGGCCCCUGGUGCUCUGGCAGAGUGGGAAGGGAGCCACAGAGGCUUCUGUGUAGGAAAGAAGUAUGCGCUCACCGACUCGCCCCACCCCACAGCCAGGCUCACCCCCGAGGUUUUUGGGUAGAGCUUUCAUGGAGUGGGGCAUUCUUCUGAACCAAGCAUCUUACUGCCACUGCUAUUCAAUAAAAGAAUCGUUGUCGAGGCUGCGCUUGUCUCCCAGAUGUGUGCGU